CCUAACUCGUGGUGACGGUGAAUUAGACGACAAGACAAGACAAGACAAGACCAGACCAGACAAGAUGGAAUAAAAUCGCGCAUACAAAACCAAAAUCAGCCAGAGAAGGCACGAGUCGAGGUUCCUUCCCUCCAGCAUAUGCAACAACCCCACGCGCCUUCCCUAUUCUUACCCUUCCUUCCUUCCUUCCUUCCUUCCCUCCUUCCCUAUCGUGUCGUCCGUUCACCUCACCUCACCUUACCCAACUCCGCUUUGCAUCGUCCCAAUAGCUACACUGUAUGUACGGCGUAUAACUAAUUUUCUUCUUCGUACUCCGUAUGAAUUAUUACAGUUACCUGAUUUCUCUCUCCAAGGAUUAAUAGAGACAUACACCAUACCAGUCUCUCUACAAUAGAUACCUAGUUACAUGGUACAUACAGCGUAUGCACUGAUGCCCCCUCGUCCCAUCCCUACCUCUUACUUCGUAUCUCCUCACGACCCCAUACCCUUUCCAUUCUAUUUCAUCCCAUAUGGCAUACAUACCCUUCACCCAUUCACCACCGUAUCGCUUCUAAUUAUUCCUCCAUCUCCAUCCCCCAAGCUUCAGCCCGUCUCUCUUGACCCGCUUCGGCCUCGUUUCUACUCCUCCAUCCAUCCAACCGCUGUGCCGCAAUCUGUCACCCCCCUCAACCUCAAUAUCCAACUCAUCCUUCCACUCAUCCUUCACACCCUCACUUUCGUUCCCUCGAUACAUGCUUUCGCGCCCUCAUCCUCAUCCAACAUCCACCUCCGCAUUUCAUACCCCCUCGCCCAUUCGAUCCAUCGAUCGAUUCUUCGUUUAUGCGCCACCUCCAUCGCUGUGCAUGCCCUGGGCGUCGAUUGCUACGGAAGUACACCACUAAAGAUGUAUUCUCUCUACGUUGUAUGGAAUAUCUUCACCCCCCACACGUUAGGUGCAGUUGCAGGUGCAGAUGCAAGUCGCUCUCAGACUUGCCUUCUCCAAACAUCGUGUAACAUGGCUGUAUCAUUUUGUACCAGUGAUACUCGUACACAGUACAUACACCGUAUUGUAUACGCUCUGGACCCCGCAAAAACUCUUUACCGCUCUGUGGUCUCAAACUGAACUGCACAUCAUCGUGCGAACCUACACCCACAACGACAACCACACCUCCAGAUACAUUUCCAUUUUCAUCUUCAUCUCUAGGUUCAUCUAGGGGUACAUACCUCGUUUCCUCAUUUUCGGCACUGACUGACUCUAAUUCUUACAAUACACUCCCUCUGCACUAACACAGACUCUCCAAAUAGGAAGUCAUCGUCUGGCUUCCCCCAUCCACGUCUCACCAUUUGAGUUUCUCAGUCUCAUACAAUCCGUUGUUGAAACAACGCCUCUACAGAUCCAGGCCUUCC